AUGCGCUCGCAUUGGGGUGUUGGCUCGGUCUCGGUCGCUAUGUGGGCAUGUGUGCGGGACCGAGGCAGCGAGGUGUUCUGGGGAGUGUUCUGGGGAAGUGGGAAGAGCGCACUGGACAAGUUGCCCGUCUUGUCCAACGAGUCCCAACCCCAAAGCCCCGCUGUCAGCUCACCCGCCUCGCCAGAGAUCCGUGAGAGGAUGUUCUGCAACUUGAAUCAGGCAGUGCUGUCCGGGUCGUCGGGCGAGCCUGUAGCCUGGAUUGACGUGCACUGA